CUCAUUUUUCCACACUACUCGGGCAUCAAAAACUGAAAAGCGCGGAAAAGAAUUGAAGAAUGAGAAACAAAGGAGGGCAGAACAAGUUGGUGAGGAUCAUAACCACACCUAUAAGAGUUCUUGGAAAGGCGAAGGACAUGUACGUUCGAAGCAUAACACAGUGCGGUUACAGCGUCAGCUACGGCAACACCGGAGACGCGGCGGGGAGAUUCCAGGCGGGGCUGCCGCGAAGCUACAGCGCCGCCACGUCGAUGUCCGGUGCAGGUUCGGAGGAUUACGCGGAGCUUGUCAGGGCAGCGUCGGCGAGGACCAUGGGGAACCGAAUCGACGUGGAUUUGGUCCUGAAACUGCAACAAGAAGCUCGAGGACGAGGUCAAAGUCAAAGUCAAAGUCAACCAGUGGGGUUGCCAAAGUCGGUGAGUGUUGGUAUGGGUCGAAUUGAUGAGGAUAAGCCUUUUGAUUUGAAUGAAGGGGGUGAAGCUGUUGUGCCUAAUUCUUACCCUAGAAGUAGAAGCUAUGCUGUUGGAAUUAGAAAACCCACCCUUGUUCUCUAAGGAAUAAUAAUGGGUAAUUAGUAGUUUAGGGUUAAGUAAUGCAACAUUUUUAUGUGUAAUUACUAUUAUUAUUGUUCUUCAUGAAAAUCAUCCUACCGCUUCAUCUUGUAUAAAUUUUGAUAAUUAUUUCUUGAAUUUUUUUAAUGAAAAUUUGUGUGUUGCCACUUGAAA